GAGGAUUUUCCUUGAUGGCGAUGCUCUCAUGAGAAGUCCUUAGUCUAAUUUGAAUAGUCUCUCCCCAGCCAGAAGUUUGUGUCACGCAGAAGUAAUUGUACCAGCUGGUCAGUUCUAGUGGAGAUUGCAGUCAGGAAGGGAAUGGCCAUCUUUAAGGGGACCAGGCUUGGGGAGUCUGACAAAAAAAGGCCUGCUUGUAAUAAGUCUGGCCAAUCUGCUGUUCCUUCCUUCCUCAUUACCUUGGGGCUCUGCCUUCCUUCUAUCCAUGAGCAAACAUGAUGUGUCUAGUUCUAGUGGAACCUUCCCAGCUUGUGUCUUGAAAGGGCUGUUGAUUUCCUUAAUGGACCUCCCGUGCACCUGGUUCGAAAGGCUCAGCAUGCUGGUGAUUCUCCUCAACUGUGUGACAUUGGGCAUGUUCCACCCCUGUGAAGACAUGGCCUGUGAUUCUCCGCGCUGCAGGAUUCUCCAGAGCUUUGAUGACUUCAUCUUUGCCUUCUUUGCUGUGGAGAUGAUAGUCAAGAUGAUUGCACUAGGGAUUUUCGGGAAGAAGUGCUACCUGGGAGAUACUUGGAAUCGCCUGGAUUUUUUCAUUGUCAUAGCUGGCAUGCUGGAAUACUCCCUGGACUUGCAGAAUGUCAGUUUCUCAGCUGUUCGGACUGUCCGAGUACUUCGGCCACUCAGAGCCAUUAACAGAGUUCCCAGUAUGCGCAUCCUGGUCACGCUGCUCUUGGACACACUGCCCAUGCUGGGGAACGUCCUCCUCCUCUGUUUCUUUGUCUUCUUUAUCUUUGGCAUCGUGGGAGUCCAGCUGUGGGCAGGGUUGCUCAGGAACCGCUGCUUCCUACCUGAGAACUUCAGUCUGCCCUACACAGUAGAGAUGGAAAGAUACUAUCAGACAGAGAAUGAGGAUGAAAAUCCCUUCAUCUGCUCCCAGCCUCGGGAGAAUGGAAUGCGUUACUGCCGCAGUAUCCCGACACGGAGGGAAGAAGGCCUGGAGUGCACCCUGGACUUCUACGCCUAUAACGACACCACUAACACCUCCUGCGUCAAUUGGAACCAGUAUUACACCAACUGUUCGGCUGGGGAGCACAACCCCUUCAAAGGAGCCAUCAACUUUGACAACAUCGGAUAUGCAUGGAUCGCAAUAUUUCAGGUCAUCACGCUGGAGGGCUGGGUGGACAUCAUGUACUUCGUCAUGGAUGCUCACUCCUUCUACAAUUUCAUCUACUUCAUUCUUCUGAUCAUCGUGGGCUCCUUCUUCAUGAUCAACCUCUGCUUAGUGGUCAUCGCCACCCAGUUCUCUGAGACUAAGCAGCGAGAGAGCCAGCUGAUGAAGGAGCAGCGGGUCCGCUACUUAUCCAAUGCCAGCACGCUGGCCAGUUUUUCGGAGCCGGGUAGCUGCUAUGAUGAACUUCUCAAAUAUCUGGUUUACAUUGCCCGUAAGGCCAGCAAACAGGUGGUCAAAGGCUAUAGAGAGGCAGGGUUCAAACUGGGUCUCCUCUCCAGCCCGAGGAAUAAGAGUGGGGCCGAGAGGCAGUCGUGCAAACAUCGGCAGAGGAAAAGGUCAUCCGUGCACCAUCUGAUUCACCAUCACCACCACCACCACCACCACUACCACCUGGGAAAUGGGAACUUGCGGGCACCACGCGCCAGCCCUGAGAUCAGCGAUGUGGAAACCGGCUCACUCCACAAUGGCACCAACAGGCUCAUGCUCCCUCCCGCAACAUCUAAUCCCCAUUCUGCCCCCAAUGCUGCUGCAGAGUCCGUGCACAGCAUCUAUCAUGCAGAUUGCCACUUUGAGCCCGUCCGUUGCAGGUCAUCCCUCCUUCAGCCUGGCUUGAGUUUACCAAGCCCAGAGGUGCUUCCCAAGAAUGUGGUUGGCAGCAAGGUCUAUCCCACCGUACACCCAAGCACCUCCCAUGAGAUGCUGAAAGAGAAAAAUGUAGCAGAUUCUACAGUGAACCCUGGGGCCAGCACGCUAACCAACCUUAAUAUCCCUCCUGGGCCGUACAGCACCAUGCACAAGCUCCUGGAGACCCAGAGUACUGGUGCCUGUCAAAGUUCUUGCAAAAUUUCUAGCCAGUGUGUGAAACUGGACAGUGGUUCCUGCAACCCAGACAGCUGCCCCUACUGCAUCAAGACUCUGGCUCGUGACCUGGAGGUCACGGACAAUGAGACGGUGGACUCGGACAGCGAGGGGGUGUAUGAAUUCACUCAAGACGUCCACUACAGCGACCAGAGGGACCCUCAGCGAGGGAAAACCAAGGGAAGGAAAACCAGCCAAAUCCUGGCUUUCUGGAAAGUGGUGUGCGAGACAUUCCGGAAGAUCGUGGACAGCAAGUACUUUGGCCGGGGGAUCAUGAUUGCCAUUCUGAUCAACACCCUCAGCAUGGGGAUCGAGUACCACGAGCAGCCUGAGGAACUCACCAAUGCGCUGGAGAUCAGCAAUAUUGUCUUCACAAGCCUCUUUGCCCUGGAGAUGCUGUUGAAAGUCCUCGUGUAUGGUCCAUUUGGCUACAUCAAAAAUCCCUACAACAUUUUUGAUGGGAUCAUUGUAGUGAUCAGCGUCUGGGAGAUAGUGGGACAGCAAGGUGGGGGCCUGUCAGUUCUGCGGACGUUCCGUCUGAUGCGAGUCCUGAAGCUGGUCCGCUUCAUGCCUGCCCUCCAGCGCCAGCUAGUGGUCCUUAUGAAGACCAUGGACAAUGUGGCCACCUUCUGCAUGUUACUGAUGCUUUUCAUCUUCAUCUUUAGUAUCCUGGGGAUGCAUCUCUUUGGCUGUAAGUUUGCUUCAGAGCGAGAUGGAGACACCCUGCCAGACAGGAAGAACUUUGACUCCUUGCUGUGGGCCAUUGUCACUGUUUUCCAGAUCCUGACUCAAGAAGACUGGAACAAGGUCCUCUACAACGGCAUGGCAUCUACCUCUUCCUGGGCUGCUCUCUACUUCAUCGCCCUCAUGACGUUUGGGAAUUACGUUCUCUUCAAUCUAUUGGUGGCCAUCCUGGUGGAAGGUUUCCAGACUGAGGAAAUCACCAAGCGAGAAGACGCGAGUGGGCAGUUAAGCUGUAUUCAGCUGCCUGUCGACUCGUCGGUGGGAGAUGCUUCUAAGUCUGAUUCUGAGGGGGAUCUUUUCCCUCAUAGCCUGGAAGAAGAGGGUGGACUUAAGAAAAACUUGUCAAACCCAGCCUUGAUGGUACUGAGGGACCUCCCGGAGCUGAAGAAGAGCCUGACCCCACCCCUUAUCAUCCACACAGCUGCCACCCCAAUGCCAAUGCCAAAAAGUGCCAUGUUUGGAGAUGCAGCUCAGGGCUAUGAAUCUCGCAGGGCCAGCAGUGUCUCCAUGGAUCCCAAUGCCUAUGAACUCAAAUCACCGUCCAGCAUACAGAGCUCCCCCCACAGCCCUUGGAGCGCAGCCAGCAGCUGGAAUAGUCGCAGGUCAAGCUGGAAUAGCCUGGGGCGGGCUCCCAGCCUGAAACGUCGGAGCCAGAGUGGGGAGCGCAAAUCCCUCUUGUCUGGGAAUGGAAAGGAGAGUUCGGAGGAAGGGGAAAGCUCAGACGAGGAGAGGUCCAGCCGGACUGGGAGCGUUAAUGGCUCUUUACCUCACCGCAUGGCGUCGCUGGAAACUAAAGGCUCGUUCGAUCUCCAAGAUACCUUGCAGGUGCCUUCCCUGUACCGAACCAGCAGCAUGCACAGCAGCCGGACCGCUGCAUCAGAGCAUCAAGACUGCAAUGGGAAAACCUCCCCGGGAGUCUUGUUACAUCAGCUCCAUUUGGACGACGAUGACGGUGAUGAUGAAGGCAACCUGAGCAAAAGUGAGCGUAUGAAGGCUUGGAUAAGGGCACACCUACCUUCCUGGUGCAAAGAAAGGGAUUCCUGGUCUAUCUACAUCUUUGCUCCUCACUCUAAAUUCCGUCUGAUGUGCAAUAAAAUCAUCACUCACAAGAUGUUUGAUCACAUCGUCUUGGUUAUUAUCUUCCUGAACUGCAUUACCAUUGCCAUGGAACGGCCCAAAAUUGAGCCCCACAGUGCUGAACGAAUUUUCCUAACGCUGUCCAACUACAUCUUCACAGUAAUCUUCCUGGCUGAGAUGACAGUUAAGGUGGUGGCGCUCGGCUUGUGCUUUGGGGAGAAGGCCUACCUGAAGAGCAGUUGGAAUGUGCUCGAUGGGGUGCUGGUUCUCAUCUCGGUCAUUGACAUCCUGGUUUCAAUGGUAUCGGACAGCAGCACUAAAAUUCUUGGAAUGCUGAGGGUCUUGAGGCUGCUGCGAACACUCAGGCCAUUAAGGGUCAUUAGUCGAGCACAAGGACUGAAGCUGGUGGUGGAAACCCUGAUGUCAUCCCUGAAGCCCAUUGGGAACAUUGUGGUCAUCUGUUGCGCUUUCUUCAUCAUCUUUGGAAUCUUGGGCGUCCAGCUUUUCAAAGGGAAGUUUUUUGUCUGCCAAGGGGAGGAUACCAGGAACAUCACAAACAAAUCAGACUGUGCAGAAGCCAGCUACAAAUGGGUCCGGCACAAGUAUAAUUUUGAUAAUCUCGGCCAGGCCCUGAUGUCUCUGUUUGUUCUGGCCUCCAAAGAUGGGUGGGUGGACAUCAUGUAUGAUGGCCUCGAUGCUGUAGGAGUCGACCAGCAGCCAGUUAUGAACUAUAACCCUUGGAUGCUCCUCUACUUCAUCUCCUUCCUGCUGAUUGUGGCCUUCUUCGUCCUCAACAUGUUCGUGGGGGUCGUGGUGGAGAAUUUCCACAAGUGUCGGCAGCACCAGGAGGAGGAAGAAGCCAAGAGACGGGAGGAGAAGAGACUUCGCCGGCUGGAGAAAAAGAGAAGGAAAGCACAGUGUAAACCCUACUAUUCCGAUUACUCUCGCUUCCGGCUCCUGAUCCACCAGAUGUGCACGAGCCAUUACCUGGAUUUGUUCAUCACUGGAGUGAUCGGCCUCAAUGUGAUCACCAUGGCCAUGGAGCACUACCAGCAGCCGAAGGUUCUUGAUGAAGCACUGAAGAUUUGCAAUUACAUCUUCACUGUCAUCUUUGUCUUGGAAUCUGUUUUCAAGCUGAUUGCCUUUGGGUUUCGCCGGUUCUUUCAAGACAGAUGGAACCAAUUAGACCUGGCAAUAGUGCUGCUGUCUAUCAUGGGUAUCACUUUGGAAGAGAUUGAGGUGAAUGCGUCAUUGCCCAUUAACCCCACCAUUAUCCGGAUAAUGAGGGUGCUAAGGAUUGCUCGAGUGUUAAAGUUACUGAAGAUGGCUGUAGGGAUGCGAGCCCUGCUGGACACAGUCAUGCAAGCACUGCCUCAGGUGGGGAAUCUCGGUCUUCUCUUCAUGUUGUUGUUUUUCAUAUUUGCAGCUCUUGGAGUGGAGCUAUUUGGCGACCUUGAAUGCGAUGACACUCACCACUGCGAGGGGCUAGGGCGGCACGCCACUUUUAGAAACUUUGGGAUGGCCUUUUUAACUCUCUUCCGGGUCUCAACAGGAGACAACUGGAAUGGGAUAAUGAAGGACACGUUGCGCGACUGCGACCAGGAGUCCACCUGUUACAACACAGUCAUCUCGCCCAUCUACUUUGUCUCCUUUGUGUUGACGGCCCAGUUCGUCCUGGUGAACGUGGUAAUUGCAGUGCUCAUGAAGCACCUGGAAGAGAGCAACAAGGAAGCCAAAGAGGAAGCAGAGCUGGAAGCGGAGCUGGAGAUGGAAAUGAAGACUAUCACCCCAGGCCCAAUCCCUACUUCGGACCUCUUUGCAUGGACAGGCGGUAAUGGUGGAGAAAGGCCUGAGAGCCCCAGAGGAUGUACCAAUCCUAUGCAAUUCAAGGUGGAUUCUCAGCUCUCAUUAUUUUAUCCUAUGGAAAGACACUUGUUUGAUACCAUAUCACUGCUGAUCCAGGAAUCUCUGGAAGGAGAGUUGAAGCUGAUGGACAACCUGUCAGGCUCUGUGUGCCAUCAUUAUGCCCUUCCAGCUCCUGAAUAUUACAACUCUGAGAAACAGAUCCCUCUAGCUGAGAUGGAGGCUCUGUCUCUGACGUCAGAUAUUCUCUCUGAAAAGUCCUGGUCCUUAGCUCUGACGGAUGACUCUUUUCCUGAUGAUACUAACACACUCUUACUUAAUGCUCUGGAAAGCAAUACUGAUCGCCUCUCCAAAGAUGACACUCUGACACUGUCCCCCAGCCAGGACUUGCUGAGUGUGAGAAAGCCUUCCGUAGGUCGCACCCACUCUUUGCCAAAUGACAGCUAUAUGUUCCAGCCUCCAUACUCUGGCUCCUGUGCCAACUCCCAGGCUGAGAGGAACACAUCUCAUCAGAAAUCACGGUCAGGUUCAACAGCCUCCGUGCAGUCGCAGCCUGCUGACACCAGUUCUCUCCUGCAAAUCCCAAAAGAUCAUUUCCACCACCUAAGACCACAUGGCAAUUUGGACUGGGAAAGCAAAUCCAAGAUCCCCCCACCUUUGCAUUCUCCCUCUGCAGAAAGAUUACUUCGUAGGCAGGUGGCAAUAAGGAAUGACUCCUUGGACAUGUAUUGCUCUGAAAGCAAAGACAAUUUGCCUGCUGAGGUGAAUGAACUCUCUGAUACAAAUGUGGCAGCUGUAUCCACAGAGACCCCAUCAGAAGCAAGCGAAUCGGCCUGCUGGGGCCGAUCAAGUGUUCGCACUCAGCAUUCCCACAAUUGGUAUAAUAUAUCCAAGCACACACCAGCUUUGUGUGCAUGUACAGGCUCAUAUCAAGAGACACUUAGAGACUCGAUGGACCAAGAAGUAUCUGAAAUAAACAGCUCUUUGGAGCCUUUCACUUCAGGAACUUGUACAGCCUUGAGUGCCUGUUCAGUGGUUCCACCUCUAACUCCUAAGAGGAACCUAGGCAAUAGCAGCAAUGUUACUUUGAAGGACCUGAAGAAAUACUACAGUGUAGAUACCCAGGGUCUUCUCAGAAAACCAUCAUCUUGGUUAGAUGAUCAAAGGAGACAUUCCAUAGAAAUUUGUUCCAUGCAAAACAGCCCUCAGCACCAUUCCACAUCUAGCUCUUCUGGCUUCAUAAGUCAGGUCUUAAGUGAAAUGGAAGGCUUGCAAGGAGCACGGCAGAAGAAAAAACUGAGCCCCCCGUGUAUAUCUAUAGAUCCACCAGAUGGACAAAGUUUGUUACCUAGAGGAUCUCAUGGUAUCUCACCUCCCAGUGCAGACAUUUGCCUGCGAAGGCGUGCUCCAUCUUGUGAUUCCAAGGACUCAAUGGAUAUAGGAGAUUCGCUGCUUCCAGACAGUAUGUCAACAUCUCCUACCCCAAAGACAGACUUGUUGACACUUCCUAGUUUUUCCUUUGAUCAAACAGAAAUGGACCCCUGAAUUAUAUUUCUGUUGGUGCCAAAUAUUUUCUUCUUUUCGUGUAAUAAAAAAAAAAUACAAAUUAAAAACUAACAAAAAACCCUCUGUAUUCUCAAAUGGCACUGGGUAAAAAUUUCCAAAGAAAGUUGAAAGAACCAGCUGGUUAAAGAGUGGUUAACCUAUAUCAUGCUUACUUAAGCAUAUGUUCUGCUUAGGUAAAAGCAAUACAUUGUGCAGAAUCUAUAUGUAUAUUAUAUUUUAUUAAAUUAAUUGACUCUAGUAUUGCGGGAUGUAGUACAUUUUGUGACUAAAAUCUUGUUUAAUUUUCUUCUAUUUUAUGUAUCUCAGAAUAUUUCUGAGAUAAAGUUUGGGUUUUAUGGACAUUUUAACAUAAAAAUACAUAUUUAAUCCUUUUUUGUUUUGGUUUGGUUUGGUUUUUUUGCAAAGCACAGGGUAGAGCCAAUUAGUGCAUUACAGAGGAAAUAUAUCCCACAGUCAACAAGGAAGGAGAAUAAUUUUGAACUGUAAUGUAACCUCCCCCCUUUAAACUCAACAGCUUUCUGUGGAAAAUAGUCAUUUGAAUAUUUUACAAGUGCAAUGGAAUUUUUUUAAUAAUCGAAUAAUUUUCCAAACUCAAGUUAAAUCACCCAUCAGAGUCAAACCAGGUGCACUAGACCAGGAAUGUACAGUAUGUUGACAGAUGCACGAAGAUUUCUAAUGCAAAGAGAAUUUAACUCCAUACUAGCGUGACACAAUAUUGGUUUAUAAAAAGGUAUUAAAUAUAUUGCCACUGAGGACAAUGGUGGUUCUUAAAAACUUGUCAAUGGAUGCAGUUUUCAAAAGCACCCAAGUGAUUUAGACACCUAAUCCCAUGGGCACUUUUUAAAAUUUUACCCAAUAUCUUUAGAUAUGUAGAACCGAGUCCCGAGCUCUCAUGUCAGCAGUUGUACACUAGUCUAAGUCCACUGAGUUCAAUGGAGUUACUCCUACUUGCACCUGUGAGAGAGGAGAAUCAAACCCCUAAGUAAGAUCUGCGGUUAGCUAAACUCCAUAUAGCCCUGAUUCAGGAAAGCAUUUAAACAUGUUCUUAUGACCAUCCCUGUCCAGCAAAGCACUUAAACCUAGAUUUUUCAAAUUAUUUAGGAAUUGUUGCACUGCAACACCUAACUGAUUUAAGAGCCUACAUUUCAUUUUCAAAGUGAUUUAGACACUUAGGAGCUAAAUACCGUCAACUGCCCAGGAGAUUUUGGCUCCUAAGUGCCCAAACCCCUUUUAAAAUUAGGUGUUGGCUCCUAAAUCAGUUAGGCAUUGCAGUGCUGUGCACAGCAAUGCCUAAACACCUUUAAAAA